CAAAAGAAGCUCACUGCUGUUGUACUGAGGAGCGCCGCCAGGGGGCGCUCUGGCUCCUCGCCGUCGCUUUUCCAGGAAGAGGCUGUUGCUAGGAGACUGGGAUGCUUGGGCCUAGAGCAGCAAAGACUGGGGAAAGAGAGUUGAUGUUCCUGGCAGUCUGUGGCUCAUCAAACGUGUCCUUGUAAGGUUUUAGAGCUUUGCUGGUGGUGUGGUAGAAAAGCCAUCAAGGCUAGUGUGUCACCUGAUCCAGGUUUGACAUUUCCAGGAGAAAUAAGAUACAAGAACUGCAGUCAAAGGUGAAACAAUGCCGAAGAAGAAGGGACGCAAACGGGGCCCACUAAGUGAAGAAGAACGGUUGCUUAUGAUGCAACAAAAGCAACUGGCCGAGGAGGAAAUGGCCAAGAAGAAAGAGGAUAUGCUGGCCCAGUUCCUAAAGGACAAACUGGCCAAGGAAGAGCACAAUAGCACUCUGAACAUGCACAAGAUCAACCUACAGUGGCGCACAGUGCUUCGCGAAAUCAAGGCCAGGGAGCUGCGCAAAGACAUUGAAAUUCUCAGCCAGACCUUUGAACGUGUGGUGGAUUGCAAAGACAAUGUCAUUAAGUCCCUUGCUAAGGAUCUUGCAGAAGCAGAAGCUCAAUAUGCACAUGCCCUACGCAGCCACCUGCACAAUGUUGAUAAACUGCUACAGCUGCAGCGCUGCCGCCUGGGCUACUUAGAGGAGGAUUACCAGAGUGAGCUACAAGCCAUGCAGAAGGAGUUUGACACAGAGAGGAAGAUGAUUAUAGAACAUCACGAGCAGGAGACCCGCUACCUUCAGGAUGUGCUGUUGGCUAUGGAACAAAACUUUGCUGACAAUGACUAUGAGGCCAGACUGGACUUCCAGAGUACAAGAGAUGAUGUUAAGAACAAGAACUUGGAGGAGAAGCAUUACCUACGCAUGCAGUUAGAAGGUAAAGUGGAAGAGCUGUGGAAACGCUUCCAGCAGGCCUUGCGUAACUACACAGAGGCCACAGAGGACCGCAAGAUUGCUUUUGAAGCCCUCAAACUCAGGGAUGAGAAGAGCACCAAGGAGAUUGAGAUGCAGAUGAAAAAACUGCAGAAGAUGCAGGAUCUCAUCAUCACACUGAAGAACAAAAUAGCCCUUCAUGCACGGGAAAGUGAGGAGCAAAAUCGGCGUGUACGUGAUGAGAAAGAGUUGGUGCUGAAACAGCUACAGAAGCUCAAGAGCCAGAUGAAUCGGGCCAGAGCCAAAGCUCGCAGCAACUUGGCAAAGCUGACCCAGGAGAGCUUUAGGACUCUCAAAAUGCUAGAACACGUGGUAGAGAAGGCAGAGCUGAUUCUCCGCCUGGCUGAAAUGUGCCGCAGGUUGGAGUCUGAGGAGGAGAAGGUGCUGCCUUUUUAUGCAAGCUCUCUUAGCUGGGAUGAACAGAGGGCUGCAGAUAAAAUUGCCAUGGAGAAACCUGUUGAGCCACUAGCUGAGAUGAUGCAGGACUAUGUGGGGCUGGAGCGCUUCUGGCAAAGAUACAACAAGGUGAGGUUGGAACAGCUAUCGCUAGAGCGAACCAAAGAAGCACUGUUUCAGGACAACGUCAAGCUGAGACAGCUGCUCAAGCAGUACCUGGAUGGCAUCUCAGUUAAUGAUGAAGUUCUAAGCCAGAUCAAUCCACUGAUGAUUGUUAACCAGCCAACUAUUAUGCCAUAUCCAAACCAGCCUGCACUUGUUGGAGAGGAGAAGGUCAGGCAGCCUAUCUAUAAUGUUAUAGAGGCAGCACAUGAAGUCAAGCGUAUCCUUUGAGCCAAGACAUAGAGAUUCAAGUUUCUCUCUACCCCUUAGACAGACCAUAGGGCAUAAAAAGGACCAAGCCCUCCCAAUUAGAGGUCCAUACUAGUGCCUCUUUGUCAGAAGAAGGCUGUUCCCACAGCAAGCUGCCAUUAAAGAAUUAAACUGAGCUGGUUUUAGAGUCUUUUCUCCCCUCUGCAAGCAAAACUAGAGAGAUGUGGUGUGUGCACAUUCAGUAACUCCUACUCCUGUGUGCCAACUUUUAAUAAAACACACUCUAAAACAG